AUUUCCACCUCGACGGACAUUUGAUCGCAACCAAGCCUUCACAAUGGGUAUUAAACACCUGUACCAGGUGAUUUCAGAGAACGCCCCCGAUGCCGUCAAGGCGGGCGACAUCAAGAACCACUUCGGCCGAAAGGUCGCCAUUGAUGCGUCCAUGAGUAUCUACAGUUUCCUCAUCGCUGUGCGCUCCGAGGGUCAGCAGCUCAUGAGUGACACCGGAGAGACGACAUCGCAUUUGAUGGGUAUGUUCUACCGUACACUGCGCAUGGUCGACAACGGAAUCAAGCCCCUGUAUGUAUUUGACGGUGCUCCGCCGAAGCUGAAGUCCGGAGAACUGGCCAAGCGUUUUGCCCGCCGGGGCGAGGCGACUGAGGCUCACGAGGAGGCCAAGGAGACCGGAACCGCCGAGGAUGUGGAGAAGUUUUCGCGGCGCACAGUCCGGGUCACCAGGGAACACAAUGCCGAAUGUAAAAAGCUUCUGAAGCUGAUGGGCAUCCCGUACAUCGAUGCCCCCACGGAGGCGGAGGCGCAGUGCGCCGUGCUCGCCCGUGCCGGCAAGGUGUAUGCGGCUGCUUCGGAGGAUAUGGAUACCCUGUGCUUUGAGACACCUAUUCUUCUGCGCCACCUUACUUUCAGCGAACAGAGGAAGGAGCCCAUCCAAGAGAUCCAUCUGAGCCGUGCGCUGGAGGGACUCGGCAUGGACCGCAGCCAGUUCAUCGAUCUCUGCAUCUUGCUCGGUUGCGACUAUCUGGAGCCGAUCCCCAAGGUUGGGCCCAACACGGCCCUCAAGCUGAUCCGGGACCAUGGGAGCCUGGAGAAGGUGAUCGAGUUUAUGGAGAACGAUCCGAAGAAGAAGUUCGUAAUCCCCGAUGACUGGCCGUACCAAGAUGCCCGGGAACUCUUCCUUAAGCCGGACGUGAGGGACGCCAGCCACCCAGACUGCGAUUUCAAGUGGGAAGCCCCCGACGUUGACGGCCUGAUCGAGUACCUGGUCAAGGACAAGGGGUUCAACGAGGACCGCAUCCGCAACGGUGCCGCCCGUCUACAGAAGAACCUGAAGUCCGCGCAGCAAUCCCGCCUGGAGGGUUUCUUCAAGCCGGUGGCCAAGACGGACGCGGAGAAGGCGAACCUGAAGCGCAAGCACGACGAGAAGCUCCAGGAGCAGAAGAAGCGCAAGAAGGACGAGGCCAAGGCCAAGAAAGAGGCCAAGUCGAAGCCUCGGGGUGCCGUUUGAAGGGCACCCGUGAUUGCUGGUCUACUUUGUAAUAAGACCGCAACUAUGCGUUGGACCUGGCCCUAGAAACAGGGCCAGAAGUAGACCGGGAAGCAAGACCCCCCAAGUCAACCCGAUCGACACGGGCGCCGAAUGUCGGUGUAUGGUCCCGACGGUCUCAUCCAGGCGGACGGCGUUUCUGGUUAUGAUUCUUAUUUGCAAGGCGAGGCGUUUCAAGGCGGAAUGCACAAAAAAUGGCAUGUUACAUAGGUUAC